ACUACACAACAUGUCAAAAUCAGCUGCUCCACAAGAUCAACAUAAACUCUAGAUUCAAACUUCAAGGAAUUCAACUUGUUAUAUAUGAAUGUAGUAUUCCGAUAUACAUUUGAUUCUUCAUUCUGAAAAUUCUCAUUAGUAACAUUAAUAAAAAUGACAACGAGAGGAACAAAAACCAAUAAUACUACCAGAAUAGAAGUAGAAAUUGAAAAAAAUAGAGAGGAGGGUAACUGGUCAAAAGUUAUUGAGUUAGCUGAACAACUGAAAGACAAAACACCAGAAUUUGUGUGCCUCUGCGAUUUUCUUAUCGGUGAGGGUAAGUUAGAAAAUUACAUUGAGGAAUGGCCACCGAUUGAAACGAAUAUUAGUAGAGCAAAAGUAUCCUUAAUUGAGGCCAAAAGAUAUCUUCAUCAAGUUACCAAUGAUGCUGGAAUAAAGGCAGGUGUUGCUAUGGAUGCUCAUCUACUCUUAGGAAAAUUGCAAUAUGCAUGUGGUCAAUAUGCGGAUGGUAUAAAACAUUUUGCGGCUGCUGAUUUGUCUAACCUGUCUGAAAAAAAACUACCUCUGCGUAGCCUGAGGAUAGUUGCUGAAUCAUAUGCAAUAAAGGGUCUUUGCCUCCAAAAAGAUGAGGGUGCUGCUACUAAGUUCAAAAAAGCAGGGAAGGAAGAAGAUAUCAAUAAAUGUUUCAGCUUAGCUUCAGACCUGGGUUUACUUUACAUGCAAAAAAUUGAACAACAAAAUCAGACUUCUGUGGUAACAACCCUGAACACAAGUGGAACACAUUCUCCACAACCAACGGGUAUUCAAAAAUCGCUGGGUGUUGUACUUGAGCAAGCCAUGCAGAAUGCACCCAUGUUGCUUUUACAACAAGGAAAACUCGAGCAAGCUCUUGAAAGAUAUAGAACUACUUUAUGUGCAGUAGAAUGCUCAGGAAUAACGGGUGUACGUUUGAAAUUUAUGUGUCAACUAGCUGAACUUUUACUCCAGGGCCAACUAGGAGAAAAUUAUGUAUCCCCGCUAAUGAUGCCGCAAAAAUCUUCUUUAUGGAAACCUAAACAUUAUGCUUCUCUUAGCCAGUUCAUUCCUAAAAAUCAAUGUGAAGAAGUGAUCCUUCUUCUUUCUGUAGCUGAGUCUAUGGCUGUCAAAAAUGCUGUUUUGUCCCAAUCUCCUGAGUUCAAAGAAGCUCGACUCAGUGCAUAUAUAGAGGCCGUAAGGGUGUAUGAUUUAUUAACAAUAGCUACUGUUAGAUGGGGUCAAGUAGCUCUUCUUCAAGAGUCUCUUGAACGUUCCAUGAAGUUUUCCUUCGAAGAAUUAUAUCUUUGGAAACAAAAUGCCCUGAGUCUUAUUUCAAUAGGAAAAUACAGUUUGGGAUUAUCCGUACUAAAAGAAGUUAUUCGUCUGGAUCCCAAAGCUAUAAAUAACUAUUUAUUAGCUGCUAAAAUAUGUUACCAGUACUUAAAUUUACCCCAAGAGGGCGUUAAAUAUGCGAGAGAAGCUGUCCUGAAAGAUUUGGAAAAUAAUUCCGGUUUCCUUGGCCGGGCCUACUUGUAUGUCGGCAUUGGUUACCAUCUAUUAGCUGAGGCAUCUUCUCUCAAAAAAGAUAGAGAUGAGUUGAGGCUGAAAGCAUUGUCUCAAUUGAGAAGCGCAGUUGAUUUGGAACCAAAUGACCAUCUUUGUCAGUAUUAUCUUGGGCUGCUGUUAGCUCUGACAGAUCAACUAGCAGAUGCUCAGCAUCAUGUUAGAAUGGCAUUAGAUCUACAUCCGGAACAUUCCGCCACUCUGCAUCUACUGGUUCUACUUUUAUCUGCUGAACAGGAACAUAAGCAUGCUCUAGCAAUAGUGAAUAAUGCUCUGGAAGAAUAUCCGGACUCGCUUAAUCUCAUGUAUCUCAAGGCGCUCUUGGAGAAACAUGAAGAAGGGCCAGAAAAAGCACUCUGUAGUGCGAAACAGAUGUUGGAAUUGUGGAAAAAUCUUUAUGAAGGUCAAACAAACUCUGACAUGCCUGAAUGUGAUCGGAAAAGUGACACUAGAUCGAUAUUUCAGUUGUACCCUUCAGAAAUGUCUGACAAAGAUUCGAGUUCACUUCGGCUACAGAAUACAUCGGCUUCUAGAAUUGAACAGGCACUUAGUGAAGUAGCGAGUUCGAUGAGCAGUUUCAAUCCAAGGCCAGGUCCACAUAGGGCGUGGAUGCUACAGGUUGAAAUAUGGCUUCUUCUUGCCGAACUAUAUUUGGAUCUCGAUCAGCCUGGUGAAGUACAACAGUGUAUAAUGGAAGCUACUCAAAUUCAUCCACUAAGCCAUCAUAUAAUGCAUACGAAAGCUUUACUACACAUGCAUAAGGAACAAUGGCCGGUAGCUCGUCAGUACCUACAGAAUGCAUUGGCAAUAAAUACUCAACACGUUUCUUCGCUACAGCAGUUAGGAUUGAUUUAUCACCAUUUGGAACUUCAAGGAUUGGCGGAAACCACUUUGAGGGAAGCUGCGAAAAUUGAACCGAAAAAUCAUGUGACUUGGUAUAAUUUGGGAAGAGUUCUAAAGGCACUUGGAGAAUACGACAAAGCAAGUAGUGCAAUGGCGACGGCGCUUAUGGAAGAAAAAUCCAAUCCAAUUCUUCCAUUCAACUCUGUUUCUUUAUGUUUAGAAUGAAUAGUGAAAAUACAAAAGAUAACUCCUAUUUAAAAAUAAAUUAAAUUUUUAUUUUAAGUGAAUUAUAUUAUCUUUAUUUUGAACCUGAUAGAUUUUACUCGAUAACAUCCAUUGUAUUGAAAAAUGUUAAUCUUUAUUCACAAAUUAUAUAAAUUGAUAUCUAUAUUAUAUGACAUUUAAUGAUAAAUUUCAUUGUCUGAAUGAAAUAUAAUUGUUGAACUGAAUGUCUUUCAAUCUCAAAUAAACUGGGUGCAGUGA